UGGCGCACGCGAUCCGAAUUACAAGAAAAACGGAUGGAGCUACGCAUGAAGGAGAGACGAAAUUCUUUCCUGUCAGCUGUCUCUUUAGCAUAAGGAAUGUGUUGUGGGAUAAUAAACAAAAUUCAGUCAAAAAUUUCAGUAUCAGCCCUUGCAGCAUACUGGACCAACAAAUGAGAUUAUGGUUGAGGCGUGCUGAGAUUUGAGGCAGUGAACUGGAUACCUUAAAGUGGUUUUGGCUCUGGAAAGGCUCAUCAUGUGUGCAUCAGUGAAGUAUGGUUCCCGGGGCCCUGCGCUCAUACCACGUAUGAAGACUAAACACCGGAUCUACUACAUCACCCUCUUCUCUGUGGUCUUACUGGGGUUGAUCGCAACGGGGAUGUUCCAGUUCUGGCCUCACUCCAUUGAAUCCUCUGCCGAAUGGAGUCUGGACCGUCGUAGUGUGCAUGAUGCUCCUUUGGUCAGGAUACCUAUGAGCAGCCCUAUUCCUGAGAGAGGUGACCUGAGCUGUCGAAUGCACACUUGCUUUGAUGUGUAUCGCUGUGGAUAUAAUCCCAAGAAUAAAAUCAAGGUGUACAUCUAUCCUCUUCAGCGAUUUGUGGACGAAGUAGGGGUGCCCAUCAGCAGCACUGGCCUGUCUCGAGAAUACAAUGACCUGCUGAGUGCCAUCUCGGACAGUGAUUUUUACACUGAUGAUGUGAGCAGAGCAUGUCUGUUCAUACCCUCCAUCGAUGUGUUGAAUCAGAACUCUCUGCGGAUUCGUGAAACCGCUCAGGCACUGGCCAUGCUGCCCAGGUGGGACAAAGGCAUGAACCACCUGCUGUUCAAUAUGCUUCCUGGAGGACCUCCUGAUUACAAUACAGCUCUGGAUGUGCCCAGAGACAGAGCCCUGCUGGCUGGGGGAGGCUUCUCCACAUGGACGUACAGGCAGGGUUAUGAUGUCAGCAUCCCCGUGUAUAGCCCUUUAUCUGCUGAGGUGGACCUUCCUGAAAGGCAACCAGGGCCCCGACGCUACUUCAUUCUGUCAUCUCAGACGGCCAUCCAUCGGGAAUACCGUGUGGAACUGGAGAGGCUGAAGGAGGAGAAUGGGGAGGCCCUGCUCCUCCUAGACAAAUGUAGUAAUCUCUCUCAGGGUUUGGCAUCAGUCAGAAAGCGCUGCUAUAAAGGACAGGUCUACGACUACCCACAAAUUUUACAGGAGUCAUCAUUCUGUGUAGUUCUGCGAGGGGCCCGGCUCGGCCAGGCCACACUUAGUGACGUGCUGCAGGCUGGAUGUGUUCCUGUCAUCAUGGCUGACUCUUACAUUCUGCCGUUUUCUGAAGUGCUGGACUGGAAAAGGGCAUCUGUUGUCAUUCCAGAAGAGAAGUUGCCAGAGAUGUACACUAUUUUGAAGAGCAUCCCUCACAGACAAGUGGAGGAGAUGCAGAGACAGGCCCGUUGGUUCUGGGAAGCCUACUUCAGCUCCAUGAAGGCUAUUGGCAUGACCACUCUCCAGAUCAUUAACGAUCGCAUCUACCCCUAUGCAGCUCGUACAUACGAAGAGUGGAACAAUCCUCCUGUAGUUAAAUGGACAAGUGUGAACAGUCCACUUUUUCUUCCUCUCAUACCACCACGUUCACCAGGGUUCACGGCUGUGGUCUUGACCUACGAUCGAAUCGAAAGUCUCUUUAGGGUCAUUACUGAGAUCUCCAAGGUGCCCAGCUUGGCCAAACUACUGGUGGUGUGGAACAACCAGAACAAGGGCCCCCCUGAAGAGUCGCUCUGGCCCAAAGUCGCAGUACCUCUCAAAGUGUUGCGCACCAAAGAAAACAAGCUCAGCAAUCGCUUCUUCCCGUUUGAUGAGAUCGAAACAGAAGCUGUCCUGGCCAUUGAUGAUGACAUCAUCAUGUUGACCUCAGAUGAGCUGCAGUUUGGAUAUGAGGUAUGGCGUGAGUUUCCAGAUAGGCUGGUCGGAUAUCCCGGACGGCUCCACUUAUGGGACCACGAAAUGGGCAAGUGGAAAUAUGAAUCUGAGUGGACUAAUGAAGUGUCAAUGGUCUUGACUGGAGCUGCGUUCUAUCAUAAGUACUUCAACUAUCUCUACACGUAUAAAAUGCCCGGAGACAUUAAGAACUGGGUGGAUGCCCAUAUGAACUGUGAAGAUAUUGCCAUGAAUUUCCUUGUGGCCAACAUCACUGGCAAAGCCCCAAUAAAGGUUACUCCUCGGAAGAAAUUCAAAUGCCCAGAGUGCACAGCGAUUGAUGGGUUGUCCCUAGACCAGACACACAUGGUGGAGAGGUCUGAGUGCAUAAACAAGUUCGCCUCUGUGUUUGGCACCAUGCCUCUGAAGGUUGUCGAGCACCGUGCUGAUCCUGUACUCUAUAAAGACGACUUCCCAGAGAAACUCAAAAGUUUCCCCAACAUUGGUAGUCUGUGACACUACCACUACUCUUUCCCACCACUUUUAUCUCUCAAACAGGCCAUGGGCACUCCAGGAUUUCUCUUUCUCGUUCCGUAUCUGACCUAAUGACUUAUGGAGAGUGCCGUUCCACUAAUGGUAUAAUGGGAAAUGAUGCACUGUGUAACUUAUUAUCAUGUUUUCACUCUUGAGGACGGUUGCUGAAACAGGACGAUACAUCAAGUCUGAUGAGGACAGGUCAAGAGCUUGGCUCAGUCUUAAACCUUCCUUGUGGUUGACACUAUAUCCAUGUGAGGAAAGUAAACACAUGCAGAUGAAUCACAGCCCACUGGUAAACAGUGGAGGAUAUAUAUUAAUGUAAUUUUACAUUUAUAGUUUAACUUGUUUUUUAUUUGAAAAAUAUGCAUCAUGCUGAACAAACUGUAGCAUAACUUGAACUGAAUAUCUCACAUGUUGAGUUGGGGCCAUUAGUUUGUACAUGAGAUAUUGUUUUGCACAGUCACGGUUAGUGAUUUUAAUAAUACAGUUUGAGUUAUAUCAGUUUGACAUUUCAUUUUUUAUUCAGUUGCUGACUUUUUGAAUGUUGCUGGAGAAAAAAAGUAUUUUAUAUAAAUGUUCCCUAUUUAGUUCCACUCUUACAUCUGCCUAAUUAAAGCAUAUUUUGGGUAUUACUAGAUGUUAAAAGACACUAUUUGCAGAGUUAUAUAUUGUACAGCUGAUAACAGUAUGGUAAAAUGCCAUGAAAUUGCAAAGAACUCAUUCAUACUUAAUGAAUUCACAUUUCUUUUUGAUAUCUCCAUUUGUUUGAAUUUUGUUUAUUUGUUUUUUACAUUAAAAUGUAUUAUAUGUAAUAAACAGAGUGUGGAAAAAGAAAUACUUAAUUUAGAGAUGUGCAUUUUGGUCAUUUUGACUGUGAAAGUACUUUACUUUUUUUUUUUUUUUUUUUUUUAAUGGUGGUCUCAAUGUACAUGCAUUUUUGACCUUUGCAUCUUACUGAUUUUCAAGCAUCUCACAAUGUAAGUGUGGCAUAUGUUACUUGACAGUGUGUCAAGUUAAAAAUAGUUCAAAUUCUAACAACUGUUAUAAGAUCAUUCAUUUGGUUUCAACACAUUGCACUUCACCAUGCUGACACAAGUUGUCAUUCUUUUGUGACCUCAAACAAAUCACAGAAUUAAUGAGGUGCCAUUUCGGCACAUUUUAGAAUAGUUGUUGCUGUAGUUUGAUGGGUGUGAAAUGUUUUGACGUUCAAUAUUGUGUUUUCUUUCCUGUCACUUCUGAGUUUUUGUAUUCUCAUUCUCAUCCCUAAUUUGAUAGUAUGUUGACUUAGUGCAGAUUUUGGAUGAAUUGUCGUCUUUUUUCCAGCUGCCUCCGUUGUCUGGGCCCAGAAGCAGAUGUCUGAGCGCUUUGAGUGAUUUAGGUUCAGAAGCCUGCACGUCUGAGAUAAAUUCAUUUCAUCUCCAUGGGGAGUGAACUUGUGAAGAGAAAUCUAUUCCUGUUCUGACUCUUCUUGCAUGAAGAAAGUGAAAAUCUGGUAAGGAAAUUUCAGCAACAUGUUAAGUAUUGGAAAUGUCACCGAAUGAACAAUUACACACAGAGAGCCAGAUUGUCUGCAGCUUGUGAAGUGUUUUAUGCUAAAUUUGUCUACUUUAGAAAAAUGUGUAUGAGAGGGAGCAUUUAUCUCUGAGCUAAUCAUCAAAGUCAAGCAUUUAGGCCUAUCUGAGCUAUCCUUUUCUGCAUUAUGAAGGCAUUUGUCACCUCUUAUUAACAUGCAUUUCAUAAUCCACUUGUACAAUAUCAGCAGUUAAAGUUUUUUUUUUUUUUUUUUUGUCCACUUUCUUUCGUGCUGCUUUUCUGUAUUUAUAAAUCGAAAGCUGCAUUUAUGGAUUGCAAUUUAUGAAUACAAUUACUAAUAUAUUGCACAGGGAUAUUUGAUUAGUUUUUUUUUUUUUUUUUAUUCAUCUGAUUUAGAGAAACAAACAAAAAUGAGCACACAGAAAAUGUCAAAUGAAAUGAAACAUCCAUAGUAGAAUACCCAGCACCUGUAAUAGUUAAACUUUUAAACUUUUUUUAACCCAUUAAAGGAAAGCCUUGUUAAAAGCACAGUCUUUAGCCAACAGGAAGUUCAUGUCUUCAGUAUGUCUUUAAUGUAAGAUGGCUGUUACAUCCAGCUCUGAGAACAGUAUGUAAAAUAUCCCGGAACAGUGUGUCUUGCUAAAAAAAAAAAAAAUUUAUUUAUUUUUUUUUUUCUUCAAGAGGUUUUGUUCCAAGUUUAAACAAAAUGUACAACUUGUUUUAGCCUGUUUUUCAGAUUUGAAAUAAAUCUGAAAAAGCACAUGGGUAAUAAACAGUUUACCAGCCUUCA